UUGCUCUAAUAAAAGUCGUAUAGGUUAAGAGUUAAGAGUUCUACCUGUUCAGGUGCUUGCUGUGGGCUUCUUAAGAAAAACAAUCGUUAUAAUGCAGUUGAAGUUGCGUAGUUCACGUGGGAAUCCGAUCUGAAAUCAUGCAAAAUGAAACUAAGCUACUUACGUUCUGUAACUACAAUGAGAAGUGUAUCGUUUAGAGUGUAUAAAGAAUCAUACUUAUUUUCUGAUAUGCGCACGCAAGACAGCAGAUCUUGUACAACGUUAAGUGUCAAUUGCCAGUUCUUAUUCCAUUCGAAUUUCAGCUGUAGAAAGUUGUUAAGGGUCACAUUGUCUGGCAAGAAUUCACAGGGAACGUUUUUAUUUCAGGGUCAUGUAUAGACAACAGAGCGGGCCUUUUCUGCCUCCGUAGCAACAUUGGCCCUUAAUGAUGCUACCUGGCGCACAUUAUAAUAUGCCUUUACGGCUCUUGCACCAUAAAACCGCAAAGUACCAAUGACUAACUAGCGGUAUUUUUUUUUACAUUGUUGUUCGAAAUCAAACUAUCUGGGGCGGCCAGUUAAAGGUAAACUAAUGAUAUCCCAGACGUCACUGACUUAAGUCAUUACGUUGUAUAUGCUGACGAUACAACUAUAUCUAUAGCCGAUAAGUGUAUUUCUUCUCUAGUAAUCAAACUAAAUAAGACUCUUGACCACCUAAUGAAUUGGUGCAAUGACAAUGAUCUAGUCAUUAAUCCAUCUAAAACGAAAUUUUUAGUAUUCCAUUCGCACCAAAAGUCAUUAAUUAUUCCUCCUUCGUUAACCUUAGGCAAUCAUUCUAUUUCCAUUAGCGACUCCGUUUCAUUUCUAGGGGUUAUCCUAGACAGCCAUCUGAAGUUUCACCUGCACAUCAAUCACGUCAAGCUGAAGUGCGCUUUUGGUAUCCGUGCGCUUAUCAAGGCACGACACUAUUUUUCUCCUUCUGCUUUGCUUUCACUCUACUUUUCGUUCAUUCAUUCACACAUUAACUACGGAUUAAUCGUUUGGGGUAAUACAUAUCUAUGUCAUUUGUCUUCAGUCCAGCUUAUACAAAAUCAAGCAAUCCGUACCAUCAUCCACAGUUCACCGCGCUCUAAUGCUCUCGGCCUGCUUGAGCAGUAGAAAAUUCUAUGUAUAAAAAAAUUAUUCAACUACAAUUUAGCAAUAAUGUUUUAUAAAUUGCUUGAUUCCCAGCUGACCUUUCAAUAUAUUCAAAGCAGCUCCCUUAGAAAUACAAACCCUACUAGGUUCGCUUCCAAUUAUAAUUUUUUGUUACCAUCAGUUCACACUAACUAUGGUAAAAAAACAUCUACAUUCGCUACCAUUACACUUUGGAAUCGUUUUCCUGCUUGGCUUAAAAUACUACCUACAUUUCAGCGUUUCAAAGCUUCGCUAAAAGAUUCUUUCCUAACCUCUGAUAAUUUUUCCUAAUAAAUAUUUGUAUUUUCAUUGUCACCUAACUAAUAAGUAUCACCUAUUCUUGCUUCUUUUUUUUUUUUUUGCAGUAUUCACAUUGCGCCACAUUUUUUUUUUCUUUGUUCGUUCUUUUUUUUUUUUGCUUUUUGCCUCUAACAAUUGUAUAAUUUUUGCCACUUCCGUUGUUAUUUCUAUUACACUGCAUCGAUUAGAGCAUAGUUUGUUUGGUUUUUCUUCUUUUUUCUCUCUUAUCAUUUGCUUUUCUUGCAACUAAUAUAUUAUUAUGCUAUCCACUGUUAUGCUGCCAACUAUUUUACAAUUCUGUUGUAGUUACUAACCGAGGGUCCCGUUUUCAGUAUCAUUACAUUGGGACCCUCGUCUGUAUAUUGCAUUUAUGUACCUAUGUUUUGCAUACGAAUGAACUUCAACUUCAAAACAGCAGUCGCAAUUGCUGCUAGGUUUAUUGCAGUGGUAUGGCAUUGUGAGCAAGCAACCAGUCCUGCUGCUUUGCUCCUUGACAAGUGACUGCAGCACGCGGGGUUUGUUCAAGGAGCUAACCCAAUAGCAUUACCAAAACUCUGGCAUUACUUAUGAUGCGCCCAGCCAGACAAACAUGUAAAAAAAAAAAGCAAUCUCGCUGUUUUUUUCUGCAAGUGAGCACCUUUUCUCGUUCGCGCCAAUCGCAGGAAACCCAUGGCGGGCGUAAUCUGCCUGGUGGCCGUCGCAUUGGGUGCCUGCGCCGCUGUGGGCGUCCAGCACUACGUCAAUGGUUUCGAGCCCCUGCCAUACACGUACAUCAGCGAUCUCGACUUCUUUUUCAAAGGACAUGGAGCAAUGUACCUGUGGCCGACGGGCCAUUUGACAUCCUUCGUGGCUGGAGUCCUCGCGGCGUUUUGCUUUCACAAGUACAGCCACAUCAGGUUCGGAAAGGUGACAUACGCCCUGUGCUGGACACUUAGCGUGGUGACUGCUCUGGCGGUGGUCUACUCGGUGUUCGACUGGAACAACCAGGGUUCGUACGUGUUAGCCUGGGCGUCCACCUACGCCGGUCUUCACCGGCUGGCUUGGGGGCCGGCCGUCUGCUGGGUCGUGUUCGUCUGCGCCACGGGACAAGCCGCGCUUGUGAACCGCCUACUCUCGCUGGACCUGUUCGUUCCCCUGAGUCGACUCACCUAUUGCGGAUACCUCGCCCAAAUGCUAGUGAUCUCCACGAGGCUGGUCACGCAGAGGCAUUCGGUAUACUACACGCACUGGCUCCUGGUGCGAGACUACUUGGGCCACACGGUGCUCAUCUACAUGUUCGCGUACCUGAUGUACCUGCUGUGCGAGUGUCCCACAGUCAAGCUUAGCAAGGUGGCCCUCAACGCGCUCACGCGUGCCGUCAGCAAAGGCACAAGCAAGGAUUCCAAGAGCCCGUCCACGCGAAACUGCUGCCGCCUUUAGCGCGCACGGCGCGCAUCCCGUAGCCUGCGCUUCGCUCGGUUCUUGGUGGCAUCGGUGUCGCAUCGCUCCAAUCGAUUCCUCCGUAUUGCGUGUGUCUUCAUCGUUUGGUCUCGGCUGACCCGUAGUUGAAGUCUGCGCGCACCAUUUAGAGCACGCAGCAAUUGUGCGACCUUGCUCUUUGUUGAAACAACAAGGCGCGUUCUGCAAGGUUAUUUAGCGAACGAGUGAAACAGUCGUUUCAGAACUGUUUAGCUUACAUAUGUCAUUAUUUCUUGGAGCGAACGAGUGAAACAGCAAUAUUAGGAGUGUCGAACGUUCAUAUUAUUAUUGCUUCUUCUUUAUUUACGGAGGGUUGUGUCAACCUGUCGCAGAUAUGCCAAACCGGCCUUUCCUUAUCGCCGCUUCAUCUUUAUAUUAUUUUUAUUUCUUUAUUUAUUUUUUCACUUCACGCGUGAGUUCUCAAAGUGUAAUAAUCUCUGCGAUCAGCAGCCAGUUGUGCGGAAUGAACUACCUAAGCACCACGAUUUACCUCUUCCUUCGCCAACAUGGUAUAGACAUCUUAACAUUCACGCAGUCUCCCACCUGUCAUGUCGUUUUGUUGCACAUGUGAGAGCUUUUUUCGCCGUAGCGCAGUAUUGAAUUGCUUUGAUUUUUCUUACCGUUAAUAGAAAGAGGAAGCCGAGACAAACGGUGGACAGGCCUGACGAGGUCCUGGCUCACCUACAAAACAGGUGGCAUGAUGGCAGUAUUAAAAUAGCGAACAAAACUUGCAGUGCACGACACAUACCGGGCUACACCAAGAGCUGAAUACAGAAAAAUACUUUUUACCGCGGAUUACAAUCAGUACAACGCACGUGAUAAAGGAACACACAUAGUAUAAGUAACAUGAAAUCCAAGAGUAUAUAACAAAGUGUGAGGACUCAAAAAAAUUGUUGGUGGUGAAAACCAAAACGAAAAACAAAGGAAAAACUAGCUGACAAGAGUUAAUUCAUAUCAAUGAACAGUGAAAUACAUUGAUCUAACCUGUGUUAUGGCCAGUAUCUUGACUGAAUUUCGCAUUAACUGUUCUUUGACAUAUGCGUUAAAGUUCAAUGAAUAAUGAAAUGAAUGAAUAAAUGAAUGCAUAAAAACGUCGGUCUUUUUCUUGAACUGUCAAAAGACGGG